CGCCGGAGAUUUUAAAAUUCGAACGGCGCCGGCGGGUGGAGGAAGGAGGUUGUGUUUUGGCGGCUGACGUUUUGUCUAGCGGGCAAUAGCACGGUUUACAGCAGUUCGGUCCCUGCGUCGUAUCGGGAAGCUGGAAGAAAGGUCAUAAACAUGAAACGCAGUUCAUUUUCUACCGGUGGUGCUGGCCGCCUCUCUAUGCAGGAAUUAAGAUCCCAGGACUUAAAUAAACCAGGCCUCCAUACCCCUCAAACCAAAGAGAAAUCAACCUUUGGAAAAUUGAGUAUUAACAAACCCACAUCUGAAAGAAAAGCCUCUGUAUUUGGUAAAAGAACUAGUGGACAUGGAUCCCGGAAUAGUCAAUUUGGUAUAUUUUCCACUUCUGAAAAAAUCAAGGACCCAAGACCACUUAAUGACAAAGCAUUCAUUCAACAAUGUAUUCGACAGCUCUGUGAGUUUCUUUCAGAAAACGGUUAUGCAUAUAGCGUAUCCAUGAAAUCUCUACAAGCUCCUUCUGUUAAAGACUUCCUAAAGAUCUUCACUUUUCUUUAUGGCUUCCUGUGCCCUUCGUAUGAACUUCCUGACACAAAGUUUGAAGAAGAGGUUCCAAGAAUCUUUAAAGAUCUUGGGUAUCCUUUUGCAUUAUCGAAAAGCUCCAUGUAUACAGUGGGGGCCCCUCAUACAUGGCCUCACAUUGUGGCAGCCUUGGUUUGGCUAAUAGACUGCAUCAAGUUACAUAAUGCCAUGAAAGAAAGCUCACCUUUAUUUGAUGAUGGACAGCCUUGGGGAGAAGAAACUGAAGAUGGAAUUAUGCAUAAUAAGUUGUUUUUGGACUACACCAUAAAAUGCUAUGAGAGUUUCAUGACUGGUGCCGACAGCUUUGAAGAGAUGAAUGCAGAGUUGCAGUCCAAGCUGAAGGAUUUAUUUAAUGUAGAUGCUUCCAAGCUGGAAUCAUUAGCAGCAAAAAACAGAGCAUUGAAUGAACAGAUUGCAAGAUUGGAACAAGAAAGAGAAAAAGAACCGAAUCGCCUAGAGUCAUUGAGAAAACUGAAAGCUUCCUUACAAGCAGAUGUUCAAAAAUAUCAGGCAUACAUGAGCAAUUUGGAGUCUCAUUCAGCCAUUCUUGACCAGAAAUUGAAUGGCCUCGAUGAAGAAAUUUCUAGAGUAGAACUAGAAUGUGAAACAAUGAAACAGGAGAAUUCUCGACUACAGAAUAUUGUUGAUAACCAGAAGUACUCAGUUGCAGACAUUGAGAGAAUAAAUCAUGAAAGAAAUGAAUUGCAGCAGACCAUUAAUAAAUUAACCAAGGACCUGGAGGCUGAACAGCAGCAGUUGUGGAAUGAGGAACUGAAAUAUGCCCGAGGCAAAGAGGCGAUUGAAACACAAUUAGCAGAGUAUCAUAAGUUGGCUAGAAAAUUAAAACUUAUCCCUAAGGGUGCUGAAAAUUCCAAAGGUUAUGACUUUGAAAUUAAGUUUAAUCCUGAAGCUGGUGCCAACUGCCUUGUCAAAUACAGAGCUCAAGUUUAUGUACCACUCAAAGAACUCUUGAACCAAACUGAAGAAGAAACUAAUAAAGCUCUAAAUAAAAAGAUGGGGUUAGAGGAUACUUUAGAACAAUUAAAUACAAUGAUCACAGAAAGCAGGAGAAGUGUGCGAACUCUGAAAGAAGAAGUUCAAAAGCUGGAUGAUCUUCACCAACAAAAAGUUAAGGAAGCUGAGGAAGAGGACAAAAAAUGUGCCAAUGAGCUGGAAUCCUUGGAGAAACACAAGCACCUGCUGGAGAGUGCAGUUAACGAGGGCCUCAGUGAAGCUAUGAAUGAGUUAGAUGCUAUUCAGCGGGAAUGCCAACUAGUUGUGCAGACCACAACUGAAGAAAGACGAAAAGUGGGAAAUAACUUGCAGCGUCUUUUAGAGAUGGUUGCUACACACGUAGGGUCUGUAGAGAAACAUCUUGAGGAGCAGAUUGCUAAAGCUGAUAGAGAGUAUGAAGAAUACACGUCUGAAGAUCUCUUGGACAAUAUUAGAGAGAUUGGAGACAAGUAUAAGAAGAAAGCUGCUCUACUUAAGGCUUCUGAUGAAUGAAGAUAAAAUGUUGAUUAAGCGAGAACUUUAUUAACAGUGGAAAUUUUGAAAUGUCCUUUGUAGGUUUGAAAAAUCUCUUAGCAUAUCCUAUAUCCCUCCUUACAAUGAAGUCUCAUGACCACAUCUUCCCAAGCCCGUGAAAUAUUUUUAUAUCUUUUAUAAAUCUAGUUCAUUAACUUAAGGUAUGUAUAACCUGAAAUUAUGAUAACUGGUUGGACUGUUAUCUUUAGUUAUGAAAGACCAAUUAUAUUAUGUACCUGUAGUUAAUAAACUUAUAUCAAUAAA